AUGGAUUUCAGCUCCCUCACUCCGGAACAGAAAGAGCACGUUUUGAAUGGACCCGCCCUGGCACCUCCAGAUGGCGUUGUUCCAGUCCUCGACAACCCGCCCAACCAGAAUGCAAUGGUUAUCGCUAUCACCGUCGUUUGCAUGGUCAUGAUAACGGUUGUAUACCUUUUACGUGCUAUUCCUAAGAUACUCGUCCCUAGGAACAUGGUCUGUCACAUGGUCGCUUUCUCUUGGUGCAUGAUCCACUUGGCCUACGCGACACCUGGCUGGUUCGUACAUCAGUGGAACUUCCGCUUCAAGUAUACUGCACCUUUCGCAUAUAUUAUACAUGUCGGGUCCAGUCUGAUUGCGAUUGUUAUCAUGCUUAUGAAAGCAGCGAUCAUCAUCGAUUGGAUCCGCAUAUUCAUGCCUGGGAGAACACGGAACGCUUUUUUUUGGUGUGGCUGGGCCUUGAUUGCUCUAAACACCGGAUUUUACGUUUCAGGAAUAGUCUCGGAAAACCUCUCUUGCACUCCUUUCCAGUCAAUCUGGGAUAAAACCAUAUCCGACGGUCACUGUCUCAACACCAAGGCCCUUGAUGUGGCAUCAGCAGCAAUUGACUUUGUAUCUGAUUUGGCCGUCAUCAUAUUGCCGCAACAGGUGAUAUGGAGGCUGCAAAUGUCGACCAAAAAGAAGAUAGGCAUCUCAUUACUCUUUGGGAUGGGUCUAUUUGCUUUGAUCUCGUCCGCAUUUCGAACCGCUGCCACCGUGGCUUAUCAUCAGUCCCGUGAUUCGACGUAUGACGUGUGUCCAGUCGCUCUCUGGGCUUUUGCCCGGCUCGUCGCACUCUUCCUCAUAUUCUGCAUACCCGCCUGCCCCAAAGCGCUUCACGACCUCGGUAUCACACCUGCGAUCAAGAAGUCAUUCAAAUCGAUCACUAGUGGCAGGAGUAGCUCAAACAACCAAGAUUUCCAGGCGAGUCAGGACGCUAGCGCAAAGACGCCACGGCCGAGAUACGAGCAACGUGACUUCAACAAAGAUUCAAUCCUUCUAACAAACAUAUCGUCGCAAGAACAACACACAUCAGACUCUACCGAGAACCUCAGGGACAACCACGAGGUAUAUCGUUUUGAACACGAUCAUGGCUUCCAGAAUAAUGGGCAAAGCGUGAUCUACCCAGGAUGGCAACCUGAGCAGCCUGGUCGACCUCAAAACGGAUUUUCUAACGGAUGCCCCGCCGAUGGUGGCAUUCUUCGAACUGAUACUGUUGAUCUAGAGUCAGCGCAAGUUCCAGUUCACGUGGACACAUCGCACUAUUCCGGAUAUGCUGUCCCUUAUCAAUAUCCGUGGAACGAAAAGUAGGGAUGGGGAUCUUGCUCGAAUGUCUAUGGUCUAAGCCAGCAUCAUCAUAGCGUAAGGUGGUCUUUAAGAAGAAGGACAAAGCCGCAUUCUGGCGACAGGAAGACUCGUGUAUUGGCGUAACUUGUACAAUCCAGACUUUUGUCAGAUUUUUAUGCUUUCUAAUGAUGUGCAUCGAAUUGUUCGAGGCGGUUGUGUUUGAGUGGAAACCCAAAUUCAGUGCUCUUCGCCUGAGCGCGC